AUGCUCACUUGCUUCGCUCUUUUUCCCGUUGGGCAGAGCUGGGUGGGCAGGUUGGUCGUCGCCUCCUUCCUCUGCAGCUUCAUCGUCGCCUUUUCUCUCAUCGCCUACAUCCCCGAGGAGGAGCUAGUCAGGCUCCCCAAAUUCCUGCAGGCAAGGUUGAGCAUGCGCGAUGUGCGCGUGAUGGCAGAGCAGGUGAGGAUAGCAAGCAUCCAGUCGAUGGCGUGCAGGACGGGGAGGAGGGAGGAGCUCUGCCGUGGGACGCUGCUGUAUUGCGCCAUCACAGCGAUAGUCAUCUGCCUGCUAUGGACUUCUCCUGCCAGCGUCAUCACUUUGAGGUGA